AAGGCAGAAGAGCCAGACGGGAGCACUCGACCUCGCUCGCGUCCAUCCCCGCCAGUCCUCUCUCGCAACCACGUGUAGUGUAGUGUAAUUAGACUUUUGCGCCCGUGUACUUGUCCUACACUAUUUCUCAAUCUCACAUCCAUGAAAAAGAACCUAAACUUGCUUUCUCCACACCAUGUCUCGGAUCGCGGACUGUUUCUCCCACCAGACUUGGAGCCCGAGCUUAUUCCACUUCCAGUUGGUCUGAAGGUCACGGUCACGGUCCCUGUAGGUCAUGGGCCUGCUCACUUCUUCUCUUCUCUUCUCUAACUACACUAGUGUCCUCGUUCGCAAUAACCUCGACUGGCACUUACACAUACACUACUGAUUAGGCCGGCCAGUCCGUCUGAGCACAAGCGCGUGCGUACGUAGUGUGUGGUAGCAACUCGAUCGUCGAUCAGUGCGCUUCCUCGUCGCGUCGCCCUCGAGUCUUGUCACCGCCCGCUUCAAAAGGGCAAUCAAACCAUGUCCAACACGGCCGAGACCCAUCAUACCUUCGGCCCCUCCUGCCGACUAGCGCCCAUCACCGAACCCGAACCCAUCGAUGGGCUCGAGGGCAUCCCACCUAUCAACGCCCAGUUCUUCUACUCGUCCACCAUCCCCAUCGAUGACCCCUUGUCUGCUGCCACAACUGUUGGCUCCUCCGAUGCGAAAGCAGCAAACCUACCACUGCGACCCUUCUCCCCUGGUGAUAACAGAGAUCUAGAGCGGGCGUGGCUGGGCUUCUCCUCCGACAGGGACAGAAGGAAUCACAGACACGCUCAGAGAAACCGAAGUCCGAGUCCGUCUCUCUCAAAGGAAAAUGCCGAGAAACUUGCCGCUAUCGUGGCCCUCCUGGCUGCUAAGCACAAGGACAAGCAUGAUCGGGAGGGCCAUUCCGCUUUCUCGGCCCUGGCCACCACCGAAAAUGAGCAUGACCUCAGCGUCCCAGUAUGUUGCGCGGAGCUUUCGAUCGAUGCUGACGCAGAGUUAAGAAAGGAGUUUUGCGCCGUUACCAGACGUCGCCAGCCAACCCUCGACCACGACCGCCUUAUUCAGGAGGUUAUGGCCCAGUUGACUCGCUUGUGGGCAAAUUCAGAUACUUCGCAAGAGUCCUCGGCAUUUAGGCCCUCAAGUCUUCCGCUUGGCACUAGCCCUCUUCAAAGACUUUCUGGCUCUUUAGAGGUGAAGCCUUCCUCCCUCAACGAUAACCAACUUCCUCUUUCGACUAUUGGCAAGAUGAUUCCAAGACCCCCGGUCGUGGAUGCUGGAAUCUCAGGCAAGCCGUUCGUUCGCGUCGAAUCACUCAGCCGGUCAGUCGGUGCUACACCAGAAGACAAGCCGUCCAGAGAACCAUCCAUACGUGGCCUUCCAUCUCGCUUAGGGGGGAAUGAUAGCCGAGCGGCCAAGCGCAUUGUCAAAGAGGCCAUUCGUCAGGCGGAAGAUUCGGUUGAGGUGCCUGUUGGUAUCUCGAGACUGCACAUGGUUUCGUUGCCAGUUCUUCAGAUGAAGCCGAUAUACUGGUCGCCUGUCAAUGACAUAUCCACGGUGCAACGCGCUACGUGGUUCUAUAGAGACACCAUGACCCCCGUCAAGCCUGCCGUCGCUAACCAGCUAGAAGCCGGCUAUCGAGAGUUACGGGUAUGGGGUCAGACCUGGAAGGACGAACUGAAGUCUGCGUUAGAUGUAGGUGCGCUAGGCGAAGAAAAGGUGUCGCACCCUUUGUGGCCAGAAAUUCCGGACAAGCGCCCCAAAGUCAAGGACGACAUGCCUCCCGAGCCGCCAAUAUCGAGCGAUCCGUUUUGCGCCGCCAGAUGUUUUCGUGGAGAAGCCGCAGCUGAAGGGACACUUGAGCAUGUGCAUCCCGAUCAAGAACUGCCGCCGCCACCACCCGAACCCUCUGCCAACUUUCAUGUCAUCUACAAGGACAAGUCCGCUGCCUUCUUGCUAAGGCCCAGCCAGAAACCUAGUGCAUAUCAUGGAAGACGGCCACUCCAAAAGAUCAUGAGAGGUAUUACUGUGGGAAUCCCCGUGGUGCGCGGUUUCGACCAGGCCAUCUGGGACAAGAUACACCAAAAGAAGGGCACAUCGCCAAAUAAAGCGCCCAACCGCAAUACGUCACGGCAGACAAAUGUCUCGGGUGAUGGUUGCCCAGCAUGUCAAAUGGAGCAGGAUCGCGGCCAAGUGACCGAUCUUCUUUUGAUUGCCCAUGGCAUUGGUCAAAAGUUUGCCGAGCGGGUUGAAAGUUUCCACUUCACGCAUGCCGUCAAUGCCUUUCGAAGAGCCGUCAAUAUCGAGUUGGAAAAUCCCAUGAUAAAACCGGUGCUCCGGCCUGACCAGAAUGGUAUCAUGGUGCUGCCUGUGAAUUGGCGUCAUCUGCUCAGCUUUGAAGAUGGCGGUCCCAGCAAGGAAGAAGACGCGUCCGCAUAUACUCCUGACGGUUUCGGGCUGAAGGACAUUGAACCCAACACAAUCCCUGCCGUGCGCAGCAUGAUCUCAGACGUCAUGUUCGACAUUCCUUUUUACAUGUCUCAUCACAAGCCAAAAAUGAUUGCCGCCCUUGUAGGUGAAGCAAAUCGCGUGUACCGGCUAUGGUGCAAGAACAACCCCGGCUUCGCCGACAAGGGCCGCGUUCACCUCAUUGGGCACUCGCUCGGCAGCGCCAUGGCGGUCGAGAUCCUCUCCAAGCAGCCGACCAGCGUUCCCCGGCCCUUAGAUCUAUCCGGAACACAGCCGGAAACCCGCCACUUCGAGUUCGACACCACCAACCUCUUCCUCCUCGGCAGCCCCGCCGCCUUUUUCCUUCUUCUAGAAAGAGGUAGCCUCGUUCCCCGCCGCGGCCGCCUCAAGCCCGGCGCAGACGCAGCCGACACGCUCAACAAGGAUAUAGUCGGUGACCUCGGCCGCUUCGGCUGCAUCGCCGUCGACAACAUCUACAACAUUCUCGCCAAGGAGGACCCCAUCGCCUACCUGCUAAACGGGACCAUCGAUCCCAUUUAUGCUUCCAGCCUCAAGACCGCUUACGUGCCCACCUUCACCACCUCCUUCUUCAAAUCCGUCUCCGACUCCCUCCGCGGUUUAGCUGGUCUGACAACCUCCACCUCCGCACCCACAUCUAACUCUUCCAACCCCUCUGAUCCGUCAAAUCAAUCAACCGAUCCCACCGGACACCAAUCCCAGAUGCUGUCAACCUCCAAACCGCCCACCUUCCUCCGCCUCCCCUCGCAGCUCGAACUGGAAGUGCAUGAUUUCUCGCGGGAAGAAGUCGCCGAGAAGAAGGCCUUCUUGUUGAACGAUAACGGCCAAAUCGAUUACUAUCUACGAUCGGGCGGGGGCCCGCUAGAGAUUCAGUACCUGAAUAUGUUGAGCGCGCACACGAGCUACUGGAAUAAUCUGGACUUGAUACGGUUUUUGUGUAUUGAAAUUGGUAGGAGACCAGGGAGGGAGAACAGUUUGGGGGUGUUGAGGGCGGAUAAGAUUGUUCGGUUGCGGAAGGGGGAGAGAAUGGGGUAGUAGUUCCUCACGGAAAAUGGAAGUCUAAGAGAUGCUUGGGGGCAUUGAUGUGUGAUGACGAACGAGGUUAUGACGGGAAUGACGGGAAUGAAGGACUUUGAUUUUGACUUGGCAUAUGGGUGGGCUUUUUGGUAUUGUUUUCUUUUCUGUAUUGUGUUUGCAUUGCGUUGCAUUCGUUCGUUCUUGUUUGGGGAGGAUAGACUGUCUGGCUUUGAGCAUGACGAGAACGAAAGACGGGAGGGAGGCUCAUGUUGUUUUGAACUGACUGCUCCAGGUAGCAGUUAGUCAUCAUUUAGCAUUUUUUUUUUUUUUCUUUUUGGCUUGAUACCCUUGAUGAUGAAACGAGUGUUCUAUUUGUAUAGCUAGCUUUUAUAUUAAAAAUGAGCGAAAUACUAGGCAUGUUCGAAUACGUGUGUCCAAACACACACACACACA